GGUGUUGUAAACUGACGUGUUACAGUGAUAGUGUUAUAAACUAUUUGUGUUUUGUUCAUCGGGUUCAUGAUGUUUUCGAGAGCGCUCUUAGUAGCGCUAUGUAUCGUGUAUGCAACGUCGCUGACGCCACUAGCUCCGCUCGGCGCCACAGCUGAUGACGACUGCGCGCUCUACCUCACGGGGCCAGGCCGCUCCUCCGCCUAUGACUACAGUCUCAACUUACUGAAGGGAAACUUUGCAUACGAUGGCCAACACACUUGCAUAACAUAUGAAGCCAUAAAUCAAGCUUACCUCGAUGCCAGAAACAGAAUUUUGGUUUCACAGCCAAAGGGCGACUGGAAAGCUGAAGACUUCGCAAGUGUUGGAGAACUUAUUCUGGACAUCUCAAUUAGUUUAGCACGAACGUAUGGCCUAACAUACGAAGAAAUCGAAAAAGGUCUACCUCUGAUCGACACGUCUCGCACGCUGAUUCGCGAAGUAUGUCCGCCGGUGUUCUCCCACGUGGAGUGUCGCGCCGGCAAGUACCGCCGCCUUGAUGGACUCUGCAACAACCUGAAACACCCCACGUGGGGUGCUACCAUGGCUCCAUUCCAACGGUUAAUCGGCCCUCUAUUCUCCGACGGCAUAAACGCCCCUCGAAUAUCCCACUCCGGGCACGACCUGCCUCUAUCCCGCGUGGUGUCCCGAACAAUGCACCCCGAUGAUGGUUUCCACGACCACGCCGGUACUGUCAUGGUGAUCGCUUGGGGACAAUUCAUGGACCACGACUAUACCUUAACAGGAACUCCACUUGAUCCGGUUCACCGCAACGAUCCUGAGGAAUGCUGCAAGCGACCACUGCACCUCAAGCACCCGUACUGCAAUGAGAUAAUCGUGCCGGACGAUGACUACUUCUACCGGCUGUUCGGAGUCAAGUGCAUCGACUUCGUGAGAGGAUUCCCUUCGCCGAGACCCGGCUGCCGUCUGGGUUCAAGAAUUCCCUUCAAUACCUUAACCGGAGUCAUCGAUGGGAACACCGUGUAUGGUGUUACUGAAAAAUUCGCUAGAAAAUUACGUACCGGAUAUGGCGGUCUUUUACGUAUGAAUCCUGUGUUUAAGGAGUAUGGUCUUAAAGACCUGUUACCUCUUAAAUUGGACAUCCCUGAUGAAGGAUGUACGAGACCUAAUAAGAAUAUGUACUGCUUCGAAGCUGGUGAAAUCAGAGUAAACGAGCAACUGGUCCUCACAGUGAUGCACACUUUAAUGGCUCGUGAACACAACAGGGUGGCAGAAGCUCUGGCCCACGUGAACCCCCACUGGGACGAUGAAACCUUAUUCCAGGAAGCUAGACGCAUCAACAUCGCUGAAAUACAGCAUAUCACUUACAACGAAUUCCUGCCUAUUCUGCUCGGAAAAGACGUUAUGGAAAAAUUCGGUUUAGUCCUCGCAAAAGAGGGUUACUGGGACGGUUAUGACAAGGAAGUGAAUCCAGACGUGAUUGCAUCUUUCGCAUCGGCGGCUUACCGGUUCGGACACUCUCUUUUGCCUACUGCCGUAGAAAGAUGGUCCAAGGCUCACAAAUUCAUUGCAUCAAAACGCUUAUCAGACCUGAUCCGAAGACCAUAUGAUUUGUACAGAGCCGGUGUUCUUGAUGAAUAUGUAAUGGGACUAAUGAAUCAAGUGGCCCAAGCCAUGGAUGACUCUAUCACCCAAGAGGUCACAAAUCAUCUGUUCAAGAAAGUAGGAGCCCGUUUUGGAAUGGACUUGGUGUCAUUUAAUAUGCAACGAGGUCGAGAAUUCGGUAUUCCUGGCUAUAUGGAAUUUAGAAAGUUCUGCGGUCUGUCUGGUGCUAAUACGUUCCAAGAUUUAUUCGGAUCAAUGCCCAAUGAAACUAUUCGCAAAUACGAGUCCAUUUUUGAGCACCCGAUCGACGUGGAUCUAUGGUCUGGUGGAGUUUCCGAAAGACCUUUACGAGGAUCAAUGUUGGGACCAACUUUCGCUUGCAUUAUCGCUACCCAGUUCUCUUACUCAAGAAGAGGUGAUAGAUUCUGGUUCGAGCUACCAAACCAGCCUUCAUCGUUCACUCCCGAACAGUUAGUUGAAAUCAGGAAGUCUCGUCUCGCUCGUGUUAUUUGCGAUAAUACCGACAUCAUUGACACAGUACAACUUUAUCCUAUGGUGCUACCAGAUCAUGAAUUAAACCCUCGGGUACCGUGUAGAAGUGGCAUCAUCCCUUCGAUGGACUUUAGUAAAUGGGCUGACCCGGUACCAUUACUGGGUGGUGUUAAAGAAUAUGUGAGUAGCUUUACGUACAAUCCGUUCCACGGCAAGAAGUAGUAGCACCAGCACCAAACCCCACAGUAAAACUAGAUGUAGCUAGCGGAAGUAGUUAAGUAUUGAAAUGCUUGUCAUUAACUUGUCCUGUCUUUACAUGAAGGGCCUAUUACCUCAGCACCAAUCUGGUGAUCAUCGCAAUCGUUGGUUUUAGUUCAAUCUAUGGCAUCACAUGAACGACGAGAAAGCGACUAGUUAUUGACU